GUGUUGUUCAAGUUCGAACGCGGCUAGCGCUCUUGUCCACGGCCUCCAUUGUUCACUCCGCCUCCGCGCUGCCACCUCGCCGACGUAUAUAAUGUGCCAGUAUCACCGGGAUUCAUCGCCCUCUGACUCCUCGAGCACUGCGUACUCUGAUCAGGCGUACAAGAGAAAGGUUUUCUCCAAGGAUCUCGAAUACGAGGUCGUACAAGAGCUAGACGGGCACGUCUUCUGCGAGGUUCCUGACUUCCUGGAGACUAUCUUUCCUGUCGACGAAGCCUUGAUCAACUCUGUGUACGGCAUCCUCUGCAGAACAAAGCACAGCGCCUACGAUACCAAAACCAAACGAUGGUCACAUUACUCUUUCUCUCCCCCUACCCUCGAGAAGACGCUCUACCCCCAGUUCGUCAAGUUAGCCGGAACGGUCAGCAACGCUGUAUCGCAGGCAAUGGAGGUGCCGGCCUGGGAGACGCGGGCGCCGACACAGACAAAUGGUCUUCGUUGGUACGACUGCCAUGAUGCUACUCCUCUGUCGCGAGACCCCUACAUAUCAGAGGUUCGACCGGAUAUCGUCGCGGCGCUCGGAGUGUCUGCAGCCAAGCAGCCACAAAUACCGUGGAGCCGUAUUCUAGUCCCCGUCGAAGUCAAGAAGAAAGAGACGGAUGGUCCCGCCCUCCUGCAGUUGUUGAAGUACGUCCGGCUUGUCUUUCGCGAGUCCGCGGACCGCUGCUUUGUUCUCGGCCUUGUCGUCGCGUGCGCCAACGUGUCCGUCUACCUGGCCGACCGGACUGGUGUCAUAGGGUCAACGGUGUUCAAUAUCCACGACGAGCCCAAGGUGUUCAUUCGCGUCAUCGCCGGGCUUGCGAGCUUCUCGCUUGACCGUCUAGGCUGGGACACCUCGAUGACAACAAUUCACCAGCAGCGGAUAUUUUCGCGCUCCGACUUGUCCAGCCUAACGCCAAAGUACUCGUACCAAGAGUCGUGGAAGCAACAACAAGAGACGACGUACUGGGUCAUCACGAUGCCGAAACCGAAGCCGAACGGCGGUUAUGGAGUUAUGGACGAGACUGCUACGGAAACGUUCGUGCUGUACAAGGGCGUCAGCAUGAGCAGAGGCGGUGUGAUCCGUGGGCGCGCGACGCGCGUGUGGAAGGCGUGGCUUUGGGACGAGUUGCAUCUGCCACAGGAACGGCGUAGGGUCUUCGUUGUGAAAGACUCAUGGCGCGACGACGAAAGACACUUGGAGGGCGAAUUCUACAAGAAGAUAGGCCCUGCCAGGGGGGUUGCCCGGAUGAGAUCCUACUCUGUCGUCAAGAUCAAUGGGCACGAUGACAUGACAUCGUCCCGAACCCGCAGUGAUCUCAACGUCCAGGGCAAACCUCGAUGUAUUGACGUUUCACAGCGUGACAUCGCACAUGCCAAGAUUUCUGCGUCCUCGCCUGACAGAGACCGUAUCAACACUACGAGAUACCUCUAUGCGUUGGACUAUCUGCCGUCCUUCGACUUACCUGAAACGUCGCCUCGAGGCCGAACUCAUUCAAGAAUAGUGAUCGAGACGUAUGGUUGGUCCAUCAAGUAUGCGGCAUCACUCGUGGAGCUUGUUCACGCAGUGAACGACGUCUUGCACGGUUACAAAACUGCGUAUGAAGAGGAGGUUAUCCAUCGCGACAUGAGCGUUGAGAACCUUCUGGUCACCGGGAAUACUGAAGGCGGCAGUGAAGGUUUUGUCAUUGACUUCGACUACGCCAAGUUCCUCAACGACCUCGCAAUACUUGAUGAUCCAAUGUCGGGCACACGACCAUUCAUGUCCGGAGAGUUACUCCUCGGUCAACCUUACUACAAGUCCGCUGGAACUGAUGUCCGCCACCGUUUCUACCAUGACCUUGAGAGCGUGCUGUGGAUUCUACUGUGGAUCUGUCUCUGCAAACGGGGCGCAGGUCUACGACGAGAAGCCUUGCAUCAGGGAACAGAUAAGGCUCUUACCCGGAGGUUCCGGCUGCUCUUCGAGGUCACGGAUAUCGCCGUCCUGGGGACCAACAAACAAACUGCCAUCAGGGACGAGGAGUCAUUCACCAGUGAUCUCGAACUCAUUGACGACUUCUACACGCCGUUGAAACCACUGCUCGAGCGUUUGUGGAGAAUCCUCCGCACGGGCUACAAGACAGGGCACUUCGACUUCGCGGAGACCUUUUCAGCCUUCAUGCAAGCAUUUGACGACGCUGAGAAGACGCUUACCGAGGAUCCUCCAGUUCUGACGGCUGAACAGGAGGAAAGUGUCAACUUAGAACGGGAACGACGUCGCCGCGACCAAUGCGACUGGCAGCACACGCCCCGCCCUGCUACCAAGUCCGGUCGUGCUCCCGCGCAGUCGGCGAUCCCGGAGACUCCAGACGAGGACGAUGCUCCGGAGGAUGACGAGCGUGAAGAUUCCCCGACGCCUGCGCCGCGUGGGCGGAACGCAGAGACGGACCGCAAGAAGCUCAUCCUGGUUCCCGACCCAGAGCCGCCUGCGCCAUCUGCGCCGCAAGCACCGGCGCCGGCUGGCGGUGUGCAAACGCGAUCGAUGAGCCGUGCUUCCGCGGCUCAGGGCUCGUCGAACGUGCAGACUCACCCGCCGUCUAAGGCAGGAGGCUCUUCGCAUACAGCGCCCAAGAAGCGUGGCAGGAGAGGCGGCCUUAGCAACCAGCGCACGGAGGAACGUAGCAGUGCGGGUGAAAGUGGCGGACAGACCAGGGGUACGAAGCGGACUCGGGGACGAGGCGACGGUGGCCGUGGAGGGGCAGGAGCAGGUCGAUCGCAGCCGGACAGAAAGGGGAAAAAUAAAGCGGGAUAACCGAGACAGAGGUAGUCGACUUUGCUACGACCGUUGAACGAUGUUGGACGUUUAUAUGCACGCUGUACAUGAUCGUAUUUUCAUUAUGUCCUCCCAGUCAAUUCUCCUAAUCGAGCGGCACGCAGAGACGGAUUCUUACGCCAAUAACGAGGGAUGAGGCGUUGAG